UCUACCGCUCAAAUGUAUAUUUAUAAUUUAAUGGCCGCCGUAUCUUAGAAAGGUAACGAAAGUUGCAAUGGGUGGAGGCCACGGAGGAAAACCGUAUGAAAUUCCCGAUUGGAGAAUCUACAAAGUGGAAGAUGUACCAGAAUUACUUCAAGUGAAGAAAGCUCUGCACAGUAUAGGAUUAAAAGAUCCGUGGUUGCGGAACGAAGUAUGGAGAUACCAUCCUGGAUUCCUUACUAUGCGACAGAGAGGAAUUAAGUUUUACUUCCGAGGAGCUAAAUGGGGAACUUUAGCUUUCUUGUUGUCACUUGCUGCAGAAACUGCUUAUAAUAAGUGGAAAGGUGAUGAUUCUGCUCACGGUCAUCAUUGAAUUCACGGUAUUCCAUAGAUCAAGAUAAUUGUAUAGUUCAAAUCUAAUCUGAUUGUUGCCUAAAAUGUAGAUACAACUUUUCUUCUAUUAUUAGUAUCUAUAUUAAAGAAUACGAAAAGUUU